AUGUGUUUACGGAUUAACGGUUGCCGGGUAAAAUUAAAAGCGCUGGUUAAUAACGGGAACGACGUUAACUUGUUGCACAACCGUUUUUUGGUAAAAGCAAAAAAAAUACCGGUGCUAAACGGGGGCUACUUAGCGUGGCUCGAUACCAAAAAACGCAUGUUUACGCUAAAGGAUAUUAAAAUCCGGUUUUGGAAUAUAAAGUGGAGGUUCCCGGUAACCACCAAAAAGGUUAAAAUAAUUUCGUUAAAAAUAAUUAAAAAAUUCAUUUAUAUUCUUCGGCUUAAAUUUAAGUUUUAA